AGCAGUUCCGGAGGCGCAAAAGUGAAGGCAUCCGAAGCGGCCCCAGCUGCUUGUGCCGAGUGGACGGGCACGUACCCCAGGAAGAAGAGAGAAGGAGGAGCGCAGAACCCUCGGUUGCCGUGGGCAGGCCGAGAGGGUCCCUUCGGAGAGGAGAAGAGGGUGCAGGGGCACAGGCGCAGAGAGGGCAUGGUGUGGUGUGGGACAGCCGGACGCCCGCCCCCACCCGCCGUUGCCCCUCUCUGGGCCGGUGAAUGAGGCUCUCCGCCCGGGCUGGCCCGGGGGCUGCGCGCCGUGGGACCCCAGCAUGAGUGCGGGGCCUGGCUGUAAGCCCUGCAGGAAGCGACCCCGCUGCGGCGCCCCGAAAUCGCCGCCGCCCGAAGCCUCGGAUCCCCUGAGCCAGCCCGGAGGAAAGAGGCCAGUCUCGGCCCCUCAGGACGGCCCGGGGCAGCCCAUCCUGCGUCCUGCCUGGCAAAGGACACCGCCAUCCCCAUCCGCCGGCUCCCCGGGACCAGAAGGGUCCCGGCCACGCGGUGUUGGCUCGGGAGGCGGGUUGAGGAACAAAGUUUUCAAGCAAAAGACAAUUACCAAUUGGGUGGACACUAAAGGAUUCAAGACAGGGUCAAAAAGUUUGCAGAAUAAAGAUACCAUCAUAGCAGGAUCUAAGAUGAGUUCUAUACAGAAAGACAACUUUUUCCAGCAUAACAUGGAGAAGUUAGAAAAUGUUUCUCCACUGAGCCACGCUAAAUCCUCUCUAGAUAAAAGUACAAAACAUUUCAACCAUCCUCUGACAUCCAGUACUUGUAAGUGGCAAAGUGAAGGAAAACACACAGAGCUUUUGGAAACCGAACCCCAGGAAGUAACUCUUGUGGCAGAUCAGUUCAGAAAUGCUAAUGUGGAUCAAUCACCCCAAAGUGAUGAUCAAAUUAAUAUAGAUUGUGAUGAAAAUAGAGACAAUAGGCAGCUCUUUUUGACACCUGUAAAGAUGGAAAAUUCUAAGCAGCCUAUGAAAGAUGAGCAACCAAGAGAGGCCUCAAGCAAUCUGCAUCCUAGUAAGUGUUGCCAGCCUCUCCAUGACUCCGGUGCAGAUAGUCAACAGGAAGAGGUAGAAGUUGUUCCUGAGAGUCCACUGUCAGAUGGUGGUUGUAGUGACAUUUUACCUGGUCAGAAAAAAGUUGAGAAGAUGAGCAGACAAGAAAGUCUUGCAGAGUCUCCUCCUUUUGAGAAAGAAAGUGAACCAGAGUCCCCAAUGGAUGUUGAUAAUUCUAAGAAUAGUUGUCAGGAUUCAGAAGCAGAUGAAGAAACGAGCCCAUGUUUUGAUGAACAAGAAGAUGGUAAUUCCUCCAAAGCAGCAAAUAAAUCAUCCAGAUUUCAAGCAGGAGAGACUAAAAUUGAAUGUAAAAACCAGCAGUCUCCUAGGGUAUGUGAAGAUAGUGGAUCGAGCCUUCAGUUUGAAGGAGUAGGUAGUCCCACCGGAGAGGAUCAUUUACACAUCAAAUCUCCUACUGCUCUGAAUAUGGAAUGCAAAGGUUCCAAGCAACUUGGCAAAAAGGAUUCUAAAAUAACAGAUCACUUUAUGAGAAUGCCUAGAGGAGAGGAUAAAAGAAAAGAGCAAUGUGAAUUCAAACACCAAAGACCUGAAAGGAAGAUCCCUAAGUAUAUUCCACCUCAGAUUUCCCCAGAUAAGAAAUGGCUUGGAACGCCUAUCGAGGAAUUGAGAAGAAUGCCUUUGUGUGGAGUUCGUCUUCCUCACCUGAGACACUCUGUCAAUCAUACAGUAACUGUUCGGGUAGAUCUUUUGAAAGCUGGAGAAGUCCCUAAACCUUUUCCAACACAUUAUAGGGAUUUAUGGGAUAAUAAACAUGUCAAAAUGCCUUGCUCAGAACAAAAUUUGUACCCUGUAGAAGAUGAGAAUGGUGAACGAACAGCAGGCAGUCGGUGGGAACUCAUUCAGACAGCACUCCUUAACAAGUUCAACCGUCCACAAAACUUGAAGGAUGCUAUAUUGAAAUAUAAUGUUGCAUAUGCCAAGAAAUGGGACUUUACAGCUUUGGUCGACUUCUGGGAGAAGGUCCUUGAAGAAGCAGAGGCCCAGCAUUUAUGUCAGUCCAUCCUGCCUGAUAUGGUGAAAUUAGCCCUUUGUCUGCCAGAUAUUUGCACGCAGCCAAUACCUCUUCUGAAACAGAAGAUGAAUCACUCCAUCACAAUGUCACAAGAGCAAAUUGCUAGUCUUUUAGCUAAUGCUUUCUUUUGCACGUUUCCACGCCGAAAUGCUAAGAUGAAAUCUGAGUAUUCUAGUUACCCAGACAUUAACUUCAACAGAUUGUUUGAAGGAAGAUCAACGAGGAAGCCUGAGAAGCUUAAAACCCUCUUCUGCUACUUUAGAAAAGUCACAGAGAAAAAACCUACUGGCUUGGUGACAUUUACAAGACAGAGUCUUCAAGAUUUUCCAGAAUGGGAAAGGAAAAUCUUUUUAAUUGUAGGGUGUGAAAAAAAAUUAACUCGGUUACACGUAACUUAUGAAGGUACCAUAGAAGGAAAUGGACAAGGCAUGCUACAGGUGGAUUUCGCAAAUCGCUUUGUUGGAGGGGGUGUAACCAGUGCAGGGUUAGUACAGGAAGAAAUCCGAUUUUUAAUCAAUCCUGAAUUGAUUGUAUCACGACUUGUCACAGAGGUGCUGGAUCACAAUGAAUGUCUUAUCAUCACAGGUACUGAACAGUACAGUGAAUACACAGGCUAUGCAGAAACAUACCGCUGGGCCCGAAGCCAUGAUGAUAAAAGUGAAAGGGAUGACUGGCAGAGGCGCUGCACAGAGAUUGUCGCUAUUGAUGCGCUUCACUUCAGACGCUACCUCGAUCAGUUUGUGCCUGAGAAAAUCAAGCGGGAGCUUAACAAGGCUUACUGUGGUUUCUUCCGACCUGGAGUUUCUUCUGAGAAUCUUUCAGCAGUGGCCACAGGAAACUGGGGAUGUGGUGCCUUUGGGGGUGAUUCUAGAUUAAAAGCCUUAAUACAAAUAUUGGCAGCAGCUGCAGCUGAACGAGAUGUGGCUUAUUUUACCUUUGGGGAUUCAGAAUUGAUGAGAGACAUUUAUAGCAUGCACACCUUCCUUACUGAAAGAGGACAGACAGUUGGGCAAGUUUAUAAGGUGCUGCUCCGGUAUUAUAAUGAAGAAUGCAAAAGCUGUUCAAGCUCAGGACCAGAUGUCAAGCUUUAUCCUUUCAUUUACAGUAUCAUUGACUCCUGUGCAGAUACCACCGACCAUAAUGGGAAGAGGACAGGACUCCGUGGAGUGGAAUGAACGGGGCUCCUCGGUCAAUGUGGGUCCUUUCUUCUCCUACUUCCCUCGUCCUUCCAAUAUGCUGUUUGAAUUGCUGGGUGUAAUAUAUGAACUGGCUUAACUUAACAUAAUUGUGUAUAUAAUCUUGCAUUUGUAAUCCAGUAUGCUGUCUCGUUUUGGAGAGAUGGAAUUUUUCAGGUUGUCCAUUUAAACCACCUCCAUCCUAAUUUAGAGUAGGUAUUGUUAGGUAUAAUUUUAUUUCUGUUUUUCUUUUAUUCAUCAGCACAUUUCAGUCCAUAUUCUAUAGGUUCCACAGUCCAUCAAUUUUCUUAUUGAAAACCUGUAAAAGGUUAUUCUUAAUCCUUCAGUUUCCUUUUUUGAUGCCUAUAAAUCACACAAAUUGCCUCUAUAGCUAAGUGAGUACUAGUGAUUCCUGGGUGUUCUGUUUAAAAGCCUUGUAGUUGUUUUUUUAUUAACUGUGCUCACAAAUAAUACUUUCUCCUCCACCUCAAACUUAAGGAUUAAUGUGGCUGCAUUCUUUGAGAUUUUUUAAAUGAAGUGUGUGUGCAUAUACAUAUACAGAUAUCAAUACACACACAUAUGUUUCCAUACAUGUAGCACAAUACAAAUGUCCUGGGUUUAAAUAUGUCUUCAAUAUAAAAAUCAUUCUGUUUUUAAAAAAUUUUGCUGGUGAAGCACUACCUACAUCAACUUAUCUGUCCUUUUUUCUUAAAACCCAUUUUACUUUAUAGUAUUUUUGAAAUCCUACAAAGAUGGAGGAAAAUACAAUAGAAGGGAAGAGGCCCGUGUGAAACAGAUUUGAAAGUGUUCAAGCUUUAAAAAAAAACAAACUAGGAUCAAUAUAUCAGUGGUAGAUGAGGAAGUGUAUAUAGCAAGAAGUUGGGAACUGGAACUCGAAGCUAAUUUAUCUUUAUUGCAAUUCCUCUGGUAUCUUGGGGAUACAUAGUUAACAGAUUUUCAGUGGCAUAUCAUUUAGAAGCUAUUCACUCUCUCAUAGCUAUAUUUUUUUGUAGACCAGUAUAAUUUGUGCCCACAAAAGGCAAAUGAAACUGGAGUGAUGGAAAAUUAUUAGGCUUGGGCUUUAUCAGGGUCUCUGUCUUAUGUCCUCUUAGCUACAGUUAGACAUACAUACAACUGAAAACCACUUGUGAAAGGCUACAUACACUUCAGGAAAUUGGAAAGAAGGGUUAUAUUAGUGUCUUGUUACAAGCAGAAAAACAUGAGACCAGGAUUUCAAGCCAGUUCUAGAACAUAACCAGGCUGUCAGAACUCUGGUUUGUGGUCAAUCAGUAGGAAAUAUUGUCCAAAUCCAGUUCUGUUUGGAAGCACUUAUGGACUCCAAAUGUUAGAACCGGCAAGGACCUCCACUGUGAGUUAGUUAAACUCUCACUUUAGAGAUGGAGAGACAAGGCCUGUUGGGGUUAUAUGGCCUGCUGAAAACCACUUACUACAUUAGUAGCAGAGCUCAGGUCAGACCAUCUAUGUACUGAUCUCAGUCUGGGGCUUUCCAGAGAACUUCCAGGACUCUGCUCUAAUAGAAUUUUAUUGUACUAGUAUUAUGCAAACUCUUCCUCUGUUAGGACCCCCAGGCAAUUCUCUAAGACUAUAAGAUUUACGGAUGAGUUCCUUAUCUGCAUCAGUGCAGGAGGUUUUCAUAGCAGGAGUUUCCCAUGCUGAUGAAAUUACAAAUUUGGACCCAAAACAUUAAAAUAAUCGCACCAUUAGUUAGCUAAGACCUAGGUUUAUUUUUGUUUACAUAGAAAUACCCCUCAUAAUAGCACAACUAAAUUUUUUGAGCGGUAAUGUAGUUACUACAUUUUAACCAGUCCUCCCAUAAGGUUUCAGAUCCUUGCUAUGGUGUCAUUAGACUCCUCACUGAGACAACUCUGGGUCCUGUUCCCUGCCUAGGCAGUUCUGUGUCUACUUUCUUGAACUCUGCCCCUUUGUGAUCUUUCACCUGGAGGAGUAUUUUCAGGAAGCCAAUUAGUAUUAGCUAACAGUAUAACAUUUUACAUUUGUUGAUACACAUAUGAUUGGCAGUAGCUUUUAUCAAACCAGCUAAAGAUACUACUAACUUUCACCCUAACUUGGCCAAGAGCUUGAAAUUCACUUUUCUUUUCCCCUAUUGUUAGUAUCUUUUACUUUUCCUUCCAGCCCAGUUAGAACUUUGGCCAAAUAAUCAUAGUUACAUUUUAUUUUCUUACGUCCACUCCAACAUUGAGUAGACUGUUGUUCUUCAAAUCAGUUCAAAAGGGGCUUCAGUGCAUAGUAAACUGUAGAAAUGAACAAACCCAGGUGAAGGUUCCCAGAGGUAAUGGUCUUCCAAACUCAUGGCCCUCAUUCUCACUUCUUCUUGGUGCUGAACUAGGGAAAUAAGUAGUUUCAUCUCUUCUUUCCGAGCUAGUUCCUUUUUCUCAAAUGUAAUAAGGAUAGUACAUUUAGAUGGCAUGAAAUUUUUAAAGUUGUACAGUUUUUGUGUGGGAAAGAGGUAUGGAGAUCAUCAUUAGAUGAUCAGUUUCUUCCUUAAUGGCCUGUGGGCUAUUCAGACCAGAUUGAGACCUUUGUUAUUCUUCAUCCAGAAAGUACCUGAGCUAAUAAUAUUUUCUCUUUUCACUGGAGUAUUCAAUAAUCAGAGGAGGAAAAAUGUCUAUCUCUACUUUGAGAUAUUUAUUGUCCUUUUAUCUACUUGAACUAAAGCAAAUGGUUUUCAUUGUCAUUUAAUGGUGUCUACUCUUUUUUUCUGUAAAAAUGAGAAUAAAGAGGUAUCUUUAUAACCAUCUAGAAUUUUUUCAAUAUAUCACAUACGUAGUUCUGAGAAAGUUCUCAGGGGUUGGCAGAGGGAGAAGGAAAAUUAAAUUUGAAUCAAAACUUGACUAUCAUAAUUCUUACCCUAAUCUUCCUUGAAAGAGUAAAAGGGCAGAAAAAAUAAACGAUAUUCAAAUUCUUUA